AUGAUUAUAGGAAAAGCAGCCGUGCAGUUGUGGGGCAACAUUCAAGCAUCGCCAGAACCGGAAUCAGACGGCAGAGAUGGUGAAAAUGGGAUUAUUGUCAGCCGUGCUUUUAGUCUCUGUUUGCCAUAUUCAGCUCAUCAGAAGCAAGUCCUGGCAAAAUUGAUCCAGUUUGCAUCGAUCGAAUCUGCACUCUUGAACUCUUCCCCAUCUGUGGCAGCGAUGGAAACUCAUACGACAACUUGUGCUUAUUCAACCUUGAGAAGAGGUGCAGCAAUCCUAAGCUUACUAUUCGAUGCCAUGGCGAAUGCAACCAGUGUGGAUAACAGCAAUGGAAGAAAUAGUUCAAAGAACAAUACUUGAAAUCAACUGUAAUCCUUCAAGUAUUUUAUUGUAAACUUGCCUAAGGUUUCUUCCACGAGUGCUUGUACACUUCUUUGAAUGCAUCAUUCUGAAGCAUUGUAUCAUGUACUGAAACAUUAAU